CCCUUCCUUUAUUUCCCUCAAAGUUGGGAUUCUGCACUAAACCAACCUUUAAUCUUAAGAGGGUUUUUUGCAAAUUAUGCAGGAUUCUGCUGCAAGCGGUGGAAAUUCGAAAAAAGAAGAGCUUUCAAACUGUUCCAAGAAUCCAGGAAUGGCAGAAAAUAAUGAAGUUGAGAUAACACAAGGAGAAGUUAAGGAGACUACUGACAUAAAACAAGGAGAAGAUGAUGGCAAUUUAAAUAAGAGUAUUAAAUGUGGAGGUAAUUUAGAGAAGGUUUCUAGUAAUGGAGAAGGACAAGAAUUAAGAGAAAAAAUAUUAGAGAAAGGUACUGAAGUAGUAAUAGACAUUGAUGAAAAUCAAGGAAUGGAAAAAGUAUGUCGUAUAUGUCAUUUGAAUGAAGAGUCCAAGGAAAUAAUUGAGCUUGGUUGUGACUGUAAAUCUGAGCUUGGUAUUUGUCAUCGCCAUUGUGCUGAAGCCUGGUUUAAUCAGAGAGGUAACAGAUUAUGCGAAAUAUGUGGGAAGAGGGCAAAAAAUGUGCAAACAAGAUUAGAGGAGAGCAGAAUAAUGGUGGUUGAAUGGAACCAACGGACAGUAGAAUCCACAAGUUCAUAUAUCACAUCUAGUUCAUCUACUCCUAUACAGCAGAAUGGUUGUAGAUGGAGAUGUCAGCAAUCUUGCUGUAACUUCCUGCUUGCCUGUUUUGUAAUGGCCUUUACCCUCCCCUGGUUCUUCCGAGUUCAAAUUCCUUAACAAUGUAGAGACUGUUUUUUUGUUUUUUCUGCUACCAAAAUCUCAUACCUUGUCUCUAUAGACAAUGGAAGUUGUUAAUAAAUAUUUGUUCACCUCAUUGUAUUGUCCUCCAUUUAGCUAAUUAUACUCCUUUCCGUAUACUAAAAAGCAACAUUUCAUUUUUUCA